GUGCGUACUCCUUUGGUCUUGCAUUAUUCGCACAGAUCCCUAACCAAUCUACAAUAACUAUCUUAUUUUAUUGCAUCCGUAAGAGCACCGUAUGUGGAGGUUCCAGCGACAGUCAUAACGUUGCCUCCAAACUCAUGGAGCGGACGAAUCGUUCGCGGAAGCACUUGGAAAACGUCUUGUGUCUCCAAGAAAUUUGUCAUCUGAAUGACCGCAAGGUAGCUCUAAAGGAAGACAAUUUCAAAUACUUAAUCGGGCAGAUGGACUUGCGCAGCAUCGUGGGAGAUUUUACGGCCGCUAUUCUCCUCGAAAAACCAACAAGGAUAUUCUCUUUUGCAUCUGAGCAUUUUGCAGCGCUGAGAACCUCGACGACGCCAAGUCCGCCAAUGCUAAAUGAAGGAGUGCCCGCUCUUGUUGUUACUGGUGCCAGACAACUGCAGGUCUUGGAUGCGUUGAACCAACAAUUCCCAGGGAAAUUCCUAUCUCCAGUCAUGACAACAACCAGACCGCCACAUCGUAGUGAGCGACCGGGGAUUACAAUGAACUUUGUCACUCUUGAGAUGAUCAAUGCAGACAUUAGAGGCGGAAAAUACCUAGAAUCUGGUGCCUCAGCAGAAGUCGGCUGCAAAGGUGAGCUGAUUGGAACUACGCUGGAGGCGGUUGCACGUAUUCGAGCCACAGGGGCUGUCCCAUUACUCCAUGUUUCAUACGAACGUGCUGUCUCAGCUCGCAUGUGCGGCAACAUCAAGCCCACCCCCUAUGCAAUAUUAGUGUGCAGUGAGAACGAGCCGCCCCAACAGGAACACAGGUCUAGUUUUGAUAAGCUUAUCUACGCGAGGAGCCUAGAUCAAGUAAUUGCGGAACUAGUCGCUGUGAUCAAGGCAAAGUUUCCCACUGUGGUCCGGGCUUCUUAAUAUAUGAAGGUAUCUUGCGGGGUUUGUCUUGCACUGUGGGUAAUUUUGGCGCGGCAUCUGCGCCGAAAAUGAUUCACGACGAGUAGAGUCGGCCGUCGCGGUGACAACUUGAAUUGCGCGGUCGUGAAUAUUGCCGCGAAGCAUUUUCUCACUCCGGGAGACGCAGCGGCACUACCGCGGCUCUCAUUUCGCACCGUGACGAAGCCAGUCUUCUUUCGAAGUCCGGCUUCUACUUUACUUACUGAGUACGGCUUGUUAAAGUCACAAGAAGCAGACCGGCUCGGAACACAGCCCAUACUCACCGCAGCAUCCCGAGCAUACCACAGCUCGCGAAAGGUCCUUGUGUCGGGCCGAUGCUAUGUCUAUCCUUUUGUCUGAGUCUAGUCGGCCCAGGGUGGAAUUUGGACGCCGUCGAGACCCGAAUAUCCUUGUCCCCCUUGGGAUGCCUGCCAAGCGGCGCGAUGUAAGCCUUUGCGUCCCCUGGUCCUCGCCAUGGUCUAGGGCCCGGUGUACUUAUGCAACGCUCGCUGCUAUUGAGCUGCCUUUUUUUUGCCGCGGCUGCCCCCCUCUCCCGCUAAGGACGAGCAGCUGCUCUCGCAAGCACACCAACCCAAACUCUCACUCCCAAGACGAGGCCAAGCACUCCUAGGACCUACUCUACAGUCUCUACUGGAUCUUUAAAGAUCCAGUA